AUGGCAUUCAUCGUCAAGAACAUGGUAGGCGGGCAGUUGAAAAACUUGACGGGGGGACUUGGCGAUGAUAAGGGCGAGGGAGAAAAGUCGGAAGCUGCAGCCCAAGGAAUGACACGAGAGGAGUUUGAGGAAUACCAACGGCAGCUGGUAGAAGAAAAGAUGGAGCGUGAUGCCAAUUUUGCUCAAAAAAAGGCAGAACGAGCAACAUUGAGAACACACUUAAGAGACAAAUACAAGCUCCCAAAGAGUGAAUUAGAUGAAAGCCAGAUCCAAUUGGCUGGCGGUGAUGUGGAACUGCCCAAGGAGCUGGCGAAAAUGAUCGAAGAGGAUAACGAGGAGGAGGCAGAGAAGGACUCGAUGUUGGGGCAGCUGGCCAACAUUCAGAACCUUGACCUCGACCACUUGAAAGACAAAGCUCAAGCAACUCUGCAAGACUUCAAGCAAACGGCAGAGAAGUGUUGCCUCAUGUGAGAAAGGGGGACCAGUUUCCACAACACUCACAGUGACAUAAUGGAUAACGAGAAUUACAGACUAUGAGACAGUGGCCUGAAAAAAGCAAAAGGUCAUGGUGAAUAAAAUGCAAAAAUUGUUUAGGCACAA